AUGGCUGGUUUUUUCUCAGGUUAUAAGCCUAAUCUUAAGAAAGUUCAGAAGCCAUGCUCGAAUUUAAAAUUAAGAAAAAAAUUAGAAAUUGACGAAUGCACAGACAAUCCUCCAUUAAGGAGAUCUUCGUUCUUAACAGAUGACGACAGUGAAAAAGAUUUUCAAUCAUUAGACAUUUCAAAUUACUCCACAAAUAUUGACAACAAAAAAAUGGUAACAAUUCUUGAUGAAGAAAACAAAGAGAAUGGUCAAGAAAUAGCCGAUACAGUGAUUGACUCGAUGUGUACUCGAGUUAGCGGUAUAAAUGUUGGAUCGUCAAAGCAAGUCAUAUCCGAAAAUGUACAAGUCGCAGACACAAUUAUUGACUCGAUGUGUAGUAGAGUGAGUGGCAUAAAUGUUGAAACAAAUCAAGGAUUAUCAGAGAGUCUAGAUUUUGGUUUGAGCAAAAAGCUAUCGGUUCCAGACACUGUGCUAGAUUCGCACAACAGUAGCAGAGCAUUACAAGAGAUUGUAGCUCAAUUUCCAUCAAGAAGAUCUUUAUUCCGAACCAGAAAGGACUCUAGCUCAUCUGAAGAGUAUAUAAAAGGCAAUAAUGUUAGCAUAAAAAAAUCAUUCCGAACUCCAAAUCCAAAAAUUGCAGAUGAUAACUCUGACGAAGAAGUCAUUCAAGUACUAGACACAGAUGAAGAACAGGAUGCUGAUUUACUUCAGCCUGUUGAACUAAAUUCACAUGAUUCGUACGUCAAUUGUUCGUCUACUGCAGCGACAUUGGAUGAUUUCUUCAACAAUCCACCUUUAUUGCCAUCAAAUGUCGGUGUGACGCAUGCAAUGGUUAAGCCAUAUCAAGGAGACGAGGAAAAUGAAUUAAUCAACACAUCGAUUCCUUUUGAAGUUGGCUAUAAAAAUUCAAAUAUUACAUUUAGACAAUCACGAAAAAUAAGUGAAGUAAGAAAAACCACAAGCUUUCAUAACGUUGAGCAUGUUGAAAUUGGACCAACUGAUGAAUCUGACGUAGAAAAUGAUGACAUCGUUGAUUUAACCCUUGACGAAAGCGGUCCAGAAGCAAAAGCUAAUCAAACUAAUGGAAAAUUGACAGCGUCAAAAUCACAUCCAAUCUCUCUAAACAUAGAGACAGACACGCCAGCAAGUUCAUGUCCGAAACACAGAAAUAUUACAAAUAUCAACAUCAAAUUUGAUCUUAAGAUUAGCAUAAGAGAUGGAAGUGCCUCAGAAUGUAGUGAAAAUGAAAGUGUUUCAUCAGAAAUUAGCUCUGUUAAAGGAGAUUAUUUAAAAGCAAUUUCAUCUGCACCAAAUAUUGAGCCAAAAUCAACAGAAGUAGAAUAUAACACUCCAACUCGUAAAAAAGAAGAUAUGAUGGUCAUUGAUAAAGAACUGCAGUCAAUGUUGCACGAUCUUUAUGGAAAUGACUGGAAAACACCACAAGUUAUGAACAGUUUCAAGAUUAAGAAAUUCAGAGAAGAAUUAAGAAAAUCUCUAGCUACUAGAAAUUUUGAAUCAUUUGUCGGAAAUUUAGCAAAUGAUCUAGAAUCAACGAGAAUUUCUUCACCGAAAAAAGAUACACCAAUCAAGAAAAGGUCUGUCGAGAGAAAACCACAACUGUACAGCAACAAAACAGAUGAAAGUUUGAAGAAAACUCAAUUGAGCACAAAUAUCAGAACACCAAUUAAUUCGUUGAUUAAAGAAAGAGAAAGUAGCAAGAAAAAAAUCGGUAGUACAAUCAAGCCGACCCAAACAGUCAACAGACAUGUUCCUAAAACACCACUUCAUGUUUUAUGCGAUCCAGACACUGAAUCAGAAAAUUCGUCGAGUGACCAUGAUAGUGACGACGAUUUCAAUCCAGAUGACACAUGGAAUGCAAGUUCAGAUGAAGAGUACCAAAGUGAAAAAGAUCGUAUAAAGAAGCGACAAAGUAUUAAGCAAAGUGACAUGAUCUUUACACUCGAUGACUCACUAAACGACAUACUGAAAAAGUAUGAAUUCAAGCCUCAGCCUCAAAUAGAAGUGGUUGAAAAACCAGCUCGACGUAAGCUAUUCACACAUUCGCACUUUGAAGAGAAUGAAGAAUAUGAAACACAGAAAAAAAACUUGCCCAAAACACCAUUAAAAUCUCAAACAGAUCUCAACGUUCUAAGAAAGAAAGAUUUUAGGAAAACACCAAUUGUACCAGGCAAAGCACUUAAAGUUUUUGGAAGUACACCGAAAGAUAUUGGAAAAUCACCAAAAGUUUCUAAUGCAUUGAUUAAAACACCGUCAUUAAUUGACAAUGCUUUGUCCAAAAAAGAAGCACUUAAAAGAUUCUCAAAGUACAGUUUCCUGAAAAGUCUCGAUGCAGAAGCAAAUAAAGUGCUUUGUGAUGCUGACGCUCUCUAUUAUCGGGAAAAUUACAAGACUAAGAAGCAUGAAUUAGCAGACAAACUAUUCAAACUCUACAACGAUAAGGUUUUCAAUUCUCAACUCUCUGAUGUUCCAAUUAAAUGGAAUAAGAAACUACAGACUACAGGUGGACGAUGCAACAAUUCUCGACGUGCUGGCAUUAGAAACUCACUUGUUGAACUAAGUGAUAAAGUUUUGACAUCUGCUGAUCGUCUAAGAUGCACACUCAUUCACGAAAUGUGUCAUGCAGCUGCAUGGAUCAUGAGUGGGGAAAAUGGACAUGGUGCAACAUGGAAAAAAUGGACAUCAAAAGCAAAUUCAAUAUUUCCAGAACUUCCAAAGAUAACUGUAUGUCACAGUUAUGUCAUCGAGUACAAAUAUACUUACUUGUGUACAGACUGUAAAGCAAGAUCACAAGCUCAUUCAAAGACAAAAAAGGUUGAAGAAGUUCGUUGCUCGUUGUGCAAGGGAAACAUUCAAUUAUUUCAAAAUAAAAAAAAUAAGGAUGGUGUUUUGGAGCUGAUUCCAGUUCAACGAAAAGAACCAACAGCAUUCGCAAAGUUCGUCAAAUUAAAGUUUAAGGAAGUUAAGAAACCAAAUAUGAGUCACAAGGAAGUUAUGCAAAUGUUAUCAGCUCAGUUUUCAAGUCUUGCCGUCGAAGAAAAAGCGCAACUUUAG